AGUUUUGCUUUCAUCAAGUUAAAAAUGUGGGUAGAAGAACUAGCUCUUUAUCAGUGUGACACAUAACAUCAAGACACAGAAGACAUCCUGAAACCGAAGCAGACACAAGAGCAUGGGGAUUCAUUCGUGGAAUGUCUUGUGUGUUGUGGUUGCUGUACUCCUUAAUUCUACAGGCUCAUUCGCCCAGCAGAAUGUUUGUGGUCAGCCUCCACUGAGCAACAAGAUUGUGGGUGGUGCAGAUGCCUCUCCUGGAUCCUGGCCUUGGCAGGUCAGCUUUCAAUCAGGUGGCAGCCAUUUCUGUGGUGGCAGUCUGAUCAAUGCGGACUGGGUCUUAUCAGCUGCUCACUGUUUCCCAAGCUCCUCAACAUCUGGUAUCACAAUCAAUUUAGGAAUGGAAAGUCUGGAUUUAACUAACUCUAAUCAGCAGCAAAGAAGCGCUAGUAUAAUUAUCAUUAACCAAAAUUAUAACGAUAACACCAAAGACAAUGACAUUGCACUGGUCCAACUCUCUUCUUCAGUGACAUUCAAUAAUUAUAUCCAGCCGGUGUGCCUUGCAGCAAGCAACAGUUCUUUUUCUGCUGGUACUGUAGUCUGGGUCACAGGAUGGGGUACUAUUGCUUCUGGAGUGAGUCUGCCGUCCCCUCAAACCCUGCAGGAGGUGCAGGUACCAAUUGUCAGUAACAGUAACUGUGCAAAAGCAUAUAGUCCUAUCACAGACAAUAUGCUGUGUGCUGGCUUAGCUCAGGGAGGAAAAGACUCAUGCCAGGGGGAUUCUGGAGGCCCACUGGUGGUCAAAAGCAAUGGAGUCUGGGUUCAGGCUGGGAUUGUGAGCUUUGGCAAUGGCUGCGCUUUACCCAAAUUUCCCGGUGUGUACACCAGAGUGUCUCAGUACCAAGACUGGAUUAAGAGCAACAUCGGCAGCAACGAUAUUGGAUUUGUUACAUCAAAUAGCAGUUGUGGUUCCCCCUUCUGUCUGAUCCUUUUUUUCUCUUUCAUCUUCUUCCUCUGCAACUUCUACCUUUGCCCAAUCCUAGUGUCACACGACUCUGACGUGUGUGCCAAAUUUCAAGAGCUUUCGAGCAUGCACCAGAGGACACAGGAGGUGAUGGAUAUUUACUUGUCAAAAGUUGUGUGCGUUGUAUUCACACUACUCAUUAAUACUCCAGGCUCACUUUCCCAGCUGUUUGUUUGUGGUCAGGCUCCAAUGAACAACAAGAUUGUGGGUGGUGCAGAUGCCUCUCCUGGAUCCUGGCCUUGGCAGGUCAGCUUUCAAUCAGAUGGCAGCCAUUUCUGUGGUGGCAGCCUGAUCAGUGCGGACUGGGUCUUAUCAGCUGCUCACUGUUUCCCAAGCUCCUCAACAUCUGGUAUCACAAUCAAUUUAGGAAUGGAAAGUCUGGAUUUAACUAACUCUAAUCAGCAGCAAAGAAGCGCUAGUAUAAUUAUCAUUAACCAAAAUUAUGACGAUAACACCAAAGACAAUGACAUUGCACUGGUCCAGCUUUCUUCUUCAGUGACAUUCAAUAAUUAUAUCCAGCCGGUGUGCCUUGCAGCAAGCAAAAGUUCUUUUCCUGAUGGUACUGAAGUCUGGGUCACAGGAUGGGGUACUAUUGCUUCUGGAGUGAGUCUGCCGUCCCCUCAAACCCUGCAGGAGGUGCAGAUGCCAAUUGUCAGUAACAGUGACUGUGCAACAGCAUAUAGUCCUAUCACAGACAAUAUGCUGUGUGCUGGCUUAGCUCAGGGAGGAAAAGACUCAUGCCAGGGUGAUUCUGGAGGCCCACUAGUGGUCCAGGAGAAUGGAGUCUGGGUUCAGGCUGGGAUUGUGAGCUUUGGCUAUGGCUGUGCUUUACCCAAUUUUCCCGGUGUGUACACCAGAGUGUCUCAGUACCAAGACUGGAUUAACAGCUGGAUCGGCAGCAACAAUAUUGGAUUUGUUACAUCAAAUAGCAGUUGUGGCUCCUCCAACCUCUUCUCUCUGAUCCUUUUUUUCUCCUUCAUCUCCCUCCUCUGCAACCGCUACUGAUGUCAGUCAAAUUAAACAUAUAUGCACAUAUGACAGAAGUUAACGUAUAUUACUGUAUUUCAUCACUGUCUUACAGAAGAGCUGUAUGAUUUUAUCUAUAACUUUUACUACUGAAUCUGAAUUUUCUACAAAAUCUGAAAAGGAAUCUACAAAUCUACAUUUUAUAGAUUGCAUCUGUACUACAUGUUUAAUAAUGACAAAGAACAAUCGGUCUAUACCAGGGGUCUGCAACUUUAACACUCAAAGAGCCAUUUGGAACGUUUCCCACAGAAAAAAAAAACACAGGGAGCCACAAAACCCUUUUGACAUCUAAAAUGAAGAUAACACUGCAUAUGUCGGUUUUUACCUUUAUGGAAAGUAGAAAAAACUGUAGUGUGUUGCAUUUAUGAAAUCAAUGUACUGCUACCGAGUAAACAAAAUUUUAUUUCUGCAAGCAAACAAAAACAUUUUGAACAGUUUGAACUAACCUUAACAAAAAAGACACUGGGUUGAAGGUUACUUUCAAAUAAAAUGUUCAAUGUCUAA